CUGAGAAUAGAACGGAGCCGUGGAGGGAGAGAGAAAGAGAGCGAGCGAGCGAGAGCGCGCGCGAGAGAGCGAGAGAGGAGCGGUACUGGGGGGAUCUCUUGCGAAUCGCGAGAUUCAAUCCGACCCCGAGCGGAGAUCCACAACUGAUACAGAGAGAGCAGAGAGCCACAGGCAGACGCCCACAGAGAGGCGAGCCGAGGCAGAGGGGCCCGGGCUGGCUGCUGGCCGAGAGAAUCUGCGAGGAAGGGGAGCUGAAGGGGGUUGGGGAGAGACGCUGAGACGGCGAGACCCAUUGGACGCGCACCCGCAGAUGCCAGCUUGACCACGGGGACUUGGCCUUCGACGCGAGGCGCACUUGGCGGCUGCUGCUGCUGCUGCGGUCGAUGCUGCUGCUGCUGAAGACGAUGACCAUUAACAACACUGCCGACACUGCCACGUGAGGUCAACAAACUUGACCAGACGGCGCAGUAAUUAGGUUCGGUCCGUACUCGAACAAAAACAACAUAUCUAUUUAUAUCACUAAGCUGCUGCCGCUGCUGCUGGUGGCGGCGGUGGUGGUCAUCAUCUGCCCCGUGUCAAUUGACUGAUGCCAAUUCGGGGUCAGGCAGCCGCGUCCCGCAACGCGGGAGCGGUUGUGCCUCCUCCUGCUGCUGCUGCUGCCGCUUCUGCUGCUGCUGCUGCCUGUGUCUCACAGCAGCAACAGCCGCGCACGGGCUGCUUCGGUAACCGCUGCUCGAUAUGCGGCGGACGAGGACUGUUGCUUGUUUGAGGUCUCCUCCUGCUCCCACCACCGCCUCCCACACCGUCGUCGUCGCCGCCGCCGCCGUCUGUGGGCACUGCCCCGUGACCGCGCGCACGAACGCAGAGGAGCGCUCUGAAAUUGCGCUGGCAUCGCCUGCGCAGCCGCCGAGACGUUCCGGCAAGUGCUCGAGGCCAGGUGUGUUGACGUUCAGCAGCAGCAGCAGCAGGUGAAGAGGACAUCAGCGAUGAGAAAUACGACCUCGGUGAAUUUGGAGGAGGGUUAGAGAGAUAUUUGGCAGAUACGAGAGCGGGUUGAGUCGUCGGAGGAGUCGGAGGAGGAGGAGGUGGUCGAGUGGGAGGCAACACGUGGAUGGACGAAGAGGCGGUCGCUGUUGUUUACAUUGCGAGGCAGCCGGCGGCGCGCGCUGCUGGCUAUUAUUGGGGACGAGGUCGACUGUCGUCGAAGAGGUGACACGGACAAGGCGGUGCUGCGAUUACAGCUCCACUACCAAGCGCCCUCUGCGCGCAAAGUCGCUCAGCAGCAGCAGCACCAGCAGCAGCACCAUCACCGCCGCCGUUGCUGGCAGACGGACAGGACGAGACGAGCAGCACCCUCCCCCACCCCCCACUCUCUGCCCGUCCGCCCGACGCACAUGAACCAUGGAGAACAACGCGGAGGGCUCCGCGGUGGACGGCAAACCGUGCACGGCCAGCGACGAGGAGCUGAGCUCUCUAGCGCCACACGGCUCCUCGGGACACCUCGUGGCGGGUCCGAGGCGCCUCAUGUGGCAGUCUGCCGUGCGGCACAUCACCGAGCAGCGCAGCGCGCAGUGCAAGGUCACGGUGACCGACCAGGACAUCCAGGACAUCAACAAGCAAAUCCUGAACAAGGGCUCUCGCAGCGGCAGCCACGCGAGCUCGGGGAAAGUGCACCCAGGUAAAGCCAGCCACAGUUCGACGGACAGCGACUACAGCGCGGGAGGAGGAGGAGGAGGAGGCGAUUCGUACGAGCGCACGGCAUCAGAGUACCUGCUGGGCAGAGGGAUCACGUACCGGGGCCUCAUCCUGCCCACGCUCAGAGACGCGUUCAGGUCGCGCGACUUAGAGCGCCUCUACCAGCGCUACUUCCUACGCCAGCGGCGGAAGUCGCUGAUCGUCAUGAACGUGGUGGACAUCCUCUUCAAGCUCACGGUGCUCGUGGUCUACACGAGCGUGGCGCCCUCGAUGCUCAAGCCCGUGCGCGCCGCGCUCGCCGGCGCGUUCAUCGCCGUCGGCGUCAUCCUGUGCAUCCUGGUGCUCGUGGGCAAGAACGCGGCGUCGCACGCAUACCUGCAGUGCGCCGGCAUGAUCACCUGGCUGUCGCUCAGCGUGCAGGUGGCAGGCGGGCUCGGCUGCGGCCUCUACCGCGACGGGGUCUCGUACGCGCUCUUCACGGUGUUCGCCACCUACACCAUGCUCCCGCUGCCGCUGCUGUGGUCCAUCCUGGCCGGGAUGUCCACCUCCGCCGUCUUCCUGCUCGUGCAGGGCUUUGUCCUGGCUCCGAGCGACUUCCUUCCCCGGCAGCUGUGCGCCAACGCGCUGCUGCUGGCGAGCGUGAACGCCGCGGGCCUCGUCACGAGCUCCCUGUCGGACCGUGCCCAGCGGCAGGCCUUCCUGGAGACGCGUCGCUGCAUUGAGGGGCGCGUGCGACUGGAGAUCGAGAACCAGCGGCAGGAGCGGCUGGUGCUGUCGGUGCUGCCCAGGUUCGUGGUGCUUGAGAUGAUCAACGACAUGUCCAACGUGGAGGAGGAGCAGCUGCCGGCGCAGUUCCACCGCAUCUACAUCCACCGCUACCAGAACGUCAGCAUCCUCUUUGCGGACGUCAAGGGCUUCACGAACCUGUCCACGAGCCUGUCGGCGCAGGAGCUCGUGCGGAUGCUCAACGAGCUGUUUGCGCGAUUCGACCGGCUCGCCCAGGAGCACCACUGCCUGCGCAUCAAGAUCCUGGGCGACUGCUACUACUGCGUGUCGGGACUGCCCGAGCCGCGCACCGACCACGCGCACUGCUCUGUCGAGAUGGGGCUCGGCAUGAUCCGCGCCAUCCGGUUCGUGCGGAAAACCACAAAGCACGACGUGGACAUGCGGAUCGGGAUCCACACGGGCUCGGUGCUGUGCGGGGUGCUGGGCCUCCGCAAGUGGCAGUUCGACGUCUGGUCGUGGGACGUCGACAUCGCCAACAAGAUGGAAGCCGGCGGCAUCCCAGGCCGCGUGCACAUCUCGCGCGCGACCCUCGACUGCCUGAAGGGCGACUACGCCGUGGAGGACGGCAACGGGCAGGAGCGCAACGAGUUCCUGCGCCGCCACGCCAUCGAGACCUUCCUCAUCGUGCAGAGGGGCAUCGGCGGCGGCGGCGGUGGCGGCGGCGCCGGCUCGGGUCCCGACGAGGAGGAGCAGCUGCUCCAGCCGCCCGAGGAGGGCCUCUUCUGCGCCACCUCCUCCGCCUCGUCCGUGGCCGCCGCGCCGCCGGUCGUCGCGGCCGCUGUGCCGCUCACUUCGCCGGCCGCGUCGUCAUCGUCCGUGGCCGCCGCCGCGGCGGCAGCUUCUGGCAGCGCCAACGGGCACUGCGCGAAUGGGGGCGCAGACGGCGUCGGUGAUGGUCCCGGUGGUGGCGGCGUUGGCGUUGUUGGCGGUGGUGGUGGUGGUGCCGGUGUUGGUGCCUGUGUUGGUAGCGGCGGUGGUGUUGGUGGUUGUGGUGGCAGUUCCGGUGCUGCCAGUGCCGGCGGCGGGGGUGAGAAGCGGCAUCGGUCGCUCACGCCCUCCGAGAGCUCGUGGAGCCCCGAGCUGCCCUUCGACAACAUCGUGGUGAAGCAGAGCACGCUGGUGGCGUUGACGCGCACCACCAUGAACCUCCUGCCGAGCCACCUGGCGCCGGCGAUGCCGUCGGCGGGCGCGACGGGGCUCGACGAAAUCAGCCGGCGGAUCGAGCACGCCAUCAACGUGCGCAGCGGGGACAAGCUGCGGCAGGAGCACAUCCGCCAGCUGUCGCUCUCCUUCCGCGAACCCAACGUGGAGCUCAAGUACUCCCAGAUGCGUGACGACGUCUUCAAGUCCAACCUGGUGUGCGCCUUCGUCAUCCACGUGUUCAUCGUGAGCGUCAACUGCGUCAUCCCUCCUCCCGCGGUGGUGCCUAUGUCGGUGAUCGCGUCGCUGCUCACGGCGCUGUACGCGGCGCUGCUCUGCGUGGCAAUGGCCGAGGAGUACAAGUGUCUGCCCGCCGAACUGCGCCGCCUGUGCUGCCGCGUGCACGAGACGCACCUCGCCCGCAACCUCCUCGCCGGCGCCGCCAUCGCCUUCAACUUCUCCGCCGCGCUCAGCAACAUCUUCUGGUGCCAAACUGCUGAAAAUCAGAACUCCUUUAAUCGGACCGAAGUCAAUUCCACCGCGCACAACAUCUGCUUUUUCCCGGAGUACUUUGUGUUCACGGGCGCCAUGGCGAUGGUGACCUGUGCCGUGUUCCUGCGCUUCAACUCGGUGCUGAAGCUGGCGGUGCUGCUCGGUGCGCUCGCCCUCUACGCGGCCCUCAUCCAGAUCAGCCACGGCGCGCUGUUCGUCGCCACCGCCGCCGCCGCCGCCGCCGCCUCGGGCCGGCCGGGCCUCGGACACGUGGACGAUACAGAGCACCCGGGCCGGAGGGAGAUCUGCGUGGCGCUGAUGACCAUGUUCGUGGUGGCGGUCUUCUACCACGGACGGCAGCUGGAAUACACGGCGCGCCUCGACUUCUUGUGGCGGCUGCAGGCGCGACAGGAGGUUGACGACAUGCGGGAGCUGCGCGAGCACAACGAGAACCUCCUGCGCAACAUCCUGCCCAACCACGUGGCGCAGUACUUCCUGGAGAAGGACCGCGACAACGACGAGCUCUACUCGCAGCAGUACGAGAAGGUGGGCGUCAUGUUCGCCUCCAUCCCCGAGUUCGCGGACUUCUACUCGCAGACGGAGAGCAACAACCAGGGCGUGGAGUGCCUCCGCCUCCUCAACGAGAUCAUCGCCGACUUCGACGAGCUGCUCGGGGAGGAGAGGUUCCAGGACAUCGAGAAGAUCAAGACCAUCGGCAGCACCUACAUGGCCGCGUCGGGGCUCUCUCCCGAAAAACAGAACUCCGAGGACGAGUGGGCCCACCUCAGCUGCCUCGCCGACUUCGCGCUGGCCAUGAAGGAGACGCUGCGAGACAUCAAUACGCACUCCUUCAACAACUUCGAGCUCCGCGUGGGCAUCUGCCAGGGCCCCGCGGUGGCGGGCGUCAUCGGCGCGCGGAAGCCGCAGUAUGACAUCUGGGGCAAGACGGUGAACCUGGCGAGCCGCAUGGACAGCACGGGCCUCAGCAGCCGGAUCCAGGUGCCCGAGGAGACCUACCAGAUCCUGCGCGGCCGCGGCUUCGCCUUCGAGUACCGCGACGAGAUCUACGUGAAGGGCAUCAGCGAGCAGGAGGGCAAGCUGAGGACCUACUUCUUGAUCGGCCGCGUGAGCCCCACGCCGCUCGUGACGUACCCGCGACGGCUCGCUGGCCAGAACUCGCUUGCCGCGGUCGUCUUCAGCCUCGUGCAGUCGCGCAACCGCCAGAAGCAGAAGGCGGCAAUGCUGAGAGACGGGGGCGGCGGCGGCGGCGGCGGCGGUGGUGGCGGUGGAUCGGGAGCUGUGGGAAGUGGAGGUGGCGGCGGUGGCGUUGGCGGUGGCGUUGGCGUUGGGGGUACGGGCGGAUCGGUGGGCGUGCCGCGUACGUUCAGCGCGCACAGCAACGGCGGCGGGCGCAGCGGCAGCAGCAGCAGUCACUUGCAGCAGCAGGCGCAGUCGCCCAGCAGCCCUCUGCCGCAGCUCCUCAAAGUGCCGGAGACGCACCAGCAGCAGCAGCAGCACCAGAAGGUGGAGCCGGCCGAACACGCCGUCCCGUAGCGAGCGCCGGUCGCGACGCUAACGCGGACCCGGGCCGGGGUCCGUUUGAAAGAAUGAGAGAGAAAAUGAAAUGGGUUUGAAAACGACGAAUAUAAAGUGGAAUAUUAAAAAAAAUGUAAGUGAUGGUGAUGAGGGAAUGAGAAAAUGGAACAAAUAUGGCUAGCAAGGAUGCAGUUGCAUCUUUUUUAAAGGUUACGUAGCUGAGCAUGUCACGCUUCUAUGACAAGUGCCAGUUUUUGUUUUCUUUUUAAAAUUGUGUUCAUUGGACAGUGUUGAUCGACACUAACCCAUGCAGUGUUUGGCGUGUUUCGACGCAAUAGUGUAACGACGUGCAAUGUACCGUCCCAGCACCUUUGAUGGCCCCAACUCCUGGCCCUCGCGAACCCACGUACCGGUGUCUUGAUUCUGGUUGUUCUUAAAACUUACAAUAACGCAAAAAAAACAUUGAUGAAAAAAAAAUUUAUUCCGUCUUCGUUACAUUCCUAAUUCAAUGCGGCAGUGUUAAGCACUUUGACUAUGUCCUACUCACUGCUAAGCAUUACGACCAAAGGCAAUCAGGCAGGACUGAUUAUGAUUUGAAUGCUUGCGACGGUUGUAGCCUGCUGGCUUACGUUCCUGUCAGCCGGCACCGUGUUACUUUGCCCCCACAACUUGCGUUGUACAAUUAAGAGCGCAGCAUUGCUUGACCGUGCGUAUUAGACAGUGGGGCUUAACGCUUCGGGCUAAUGUACCCUAAAGAGAAGGCUACAAAAGACACAGACACAAUACAUUAUAUAUAUGCGAGCGCGUGUAAUAUAUUGUAUGCAUACUCUAAAGCGGCCGUUUGGGAACAGAUGCGAGCCGUGGGCUGCUGCGUCCGAUAGCAGCAGAAGCCACCGGGUCGGUGAUGAUGAUGAGAGAGACGCACGGAAGACCUCCCGGCCGUGCCGUGCCAUGCGCGAGACAGCCGGGGCGUAUCCCCUUGUAGCCCCCUACCCUGUGAGUGACCCCCCCCCCCCCAAGCCUCCUCCUUAGCCAGCCCGUUGCCCCCCCCCCCCCCUUCCCCUCGCCUCCCAUGGGCGGGGAGGCUCGGUGCAUGCGUCCGGUCCCCCUCUUCUUGGCGUCACCCUCAGAGCGCAGCCGCCGAUAUUUCGCCGCGCGCGUCGCAGAGCCGGACGAUUCAGCCGGGCGAGCAAGCGAGCGAGCGUGCGGGCGCUGCUGAGCGGUGCGCGCGCGCGCGUGACCUUCGUUGCAAUACUGCCGAGCCCGUGGCGGUGUCGAUCGACGAUGCACCCUGCCGCCGCCCAAAGCCACUGGGGGCGCGAACUUGACGGUCGGCUGAAAACACGGGAGAAAUAAAUACCGUCAUGGUACAUUUUUUAACGCACUCGCACGCAAGCACGCGCGCAAGCACACGCGCGCACACCUGACAAAAUCGGAAUGCCCCGCAGCUAAUCGUUAGCGCCCGUGCUUAUUCACUCGAGGCUGCUAAUGCAUGCAUGGCAGGGUUACGCAGAAUAUACGAAGGGGCCAUUCCGUUGUGUGUGGCGCAGUCACGCUCUCCGUGUUGGGAUGGCAGAGGCUGGUGGCAUCGUUGCCUAGCAACCUCCUCCCCCCCCCCCCCCCCCCUAAAAAUGGGAUUCUAUGCAGGUUAUUUCCAUCUGCUGGUGCGACGUAAUAACGAGAUAAUGAAUACACAGGCGGGACACGGGGCUGCAGAGCGAUCCGUUGGUUUUGGGAGGGGAGCGCGGGGCAGGGGGGGGCACUGUCGAAAUGCCAUCAGCCACUUGCCGUGGCUUGCCCCCGGGGGGAAAAAAACAAAAAAACUAAGCCAUUCAUCAGUGUCAUUUAUGUUUUUUAACAUAAAGAUAACAAAAAAACACUACUUUAUUGCAAAAAGAAAAGCCUUUCACCAUAUAUUGGUUGUGUAAAUAGAAUUCACAAAACACAUUCUUGACCUUUUUGUAUACUGUACAUUGUUUUAAAAUGUGUUUCUUUUUUUCCCCGACAAAUUAAUUGUACAUAAUGGUGGAAAAUAUUUUUUUUGGGGGGGAGGGAAUUUUUUUUUGGUCGUUUCUUUAAUUUUUAAUAACUUUUUUUUGUUAAGCGAUGUUUUAAAAAUAUAUAUUACGUGCCAGCACCUCUGUGAGAGUUUUACAUCGUAACAAAUAAAUGGGUAGUCAUUGUUUAUUUCUGUUCGGCGAGCUUUUAUUUUUCUAUUUACGAUCAUCGCAUGACUGGUCAAACAACGAAAGGCGAUCUCGGUUUUUUUUUUUAAAUAAAGGGGAGUUCUGCAUUGCUCAACAACAACAAAACGUGCGAUUUAAACGUGGAUUUAAAUAUCGGUGCAUGCUCGGGUUGUGGACAGAGCUCUCGUGUGCAAUGGCGUGCCUUUUUGUUUGCUUUACUAAGACACAACAACAACAAAAAUAUGCAUCCACCUGUCUGGUUUAUUGGUAAGAAUUAUGCUGUGUAUGGGUUUUUUUGUAUUCGUUUAAUUUUGAGCGAUAAAAAAAGCGGAAAAUUC